AUGCACGGUUUCAAGGCUUUCACAGUCACGCCAUGUGAUCCGCAUCUGUCGCGUGUAAACUACCAAAUUCCCGAAAGCGUCUCGCAUCUCUUCCUAGGCGCAAGCAUCGCCAAAGCAGGUACUACUAUUACGGAUUUAAACAAGCUCGCGUCUGUUACAACCUACACCCUACUAGUAACUAGAAGCCAACCAGAAAAGCCAGCAAGAAAAGCCAACAAGAAGAGCCUACAAGAAAAGCCAACAAGAAGAGCCAACAAGAUACCGAACAUCGAAAAGAAGAUGACCGCUUGCUACAUAGAUUCGAGGGACUACCACCCGGGUGAGGAUCCAAAGAACUUCACCUUUUGUGAUGCUUCUAAGCGCAUGCUUGUCGCCAAGGACCCUGUCACAGGCAAAGAGGUCUGGAUGGGUGUACACAUCAACAAGACUCCCGGCAAAGACGACUUCGAAUUGGAGCCCUCCUUCUACAGCUCUCCGAGCAGCGGCGAGCAGUCUCACAUAGUCGAGCCCAAGGCUAUCAAGAUCACCGAGGAUAAGACCACAGAGGGAGAACAGCCCAACGGCUCGGAGGUCAAGACCACCGACCCAGAGGCUCUCUUCUUCGACGUUGAGAAGGAAGCCUCCCUGGACGACUUGAAGGCCAUCGCAGCCAUGAUAGCCAGGGUACUCAAGUUCACAGUAAUACCUCCGCCAAGUGUUAUCUCCGACAUGAGGGAGUGGACUGCAGUCACCGGCUUUUCCAUCUGGGCUGCGCCUCUCUGGGAGAUGUGGCUGAUUGAUCACAACCAAAAGAUCCCUGAGCCGGCUGUUCGGGAUCCCAGCACAGCAGAAAAAGAGGCCAAGCCAACCAAGAACUAG